GAAGAAUGGACCUGAAGUGGUUAAUUUUUCCGUAAGGCGGUCUGCAUAUCGAGGACAACUUCCAUUUUUAACAAGUUCUUAGACGCAUAUUGGCGUCGUUUCCUAAAGAUCUAGGAGAGAUCGUAAUCCAGUUUUAUCGAAUCCAGAUAAUAUGCCAGCUGGAGAUAUGGAGUCAGAAUACUCAAUUGGAGUAAAUAAUAGAUUUAAUGGUAUUGAUAAUGAUAUCAUAGAUGAUCCUUUCGAGUUAAUUCGAGUAGCCCAAGAAAAGCCAUCUAAAAAAGAAAAAGAGGUUAAAGGCAAGGGCAAAAAGGAUGCUGCAAAGAAAUCUAAAGAUUCAAAACCAGCUAAAGUGGAGACUGUUGCUCCAAUUGAGACUGCCGAGAAACCUAAAAAUGAGUCCUCUGAUAGACGCGGGGGUCGCGGAGGCGGUCGUGGUCGUGGAAAUGGUCGUGGUGGUUUCAAAUCCACAGAUUCUCCUGCUGAAGGUGGUCGUAAAGGUUUUGGUGGUGACAACUCAGCUCCAAAAAAUGAGACUUCAAAAGGAGCAUGUAGGAGAUGUAACGAAGAGGGACAUUUUGCUAAAGACUGUACUCAAGCCCCUGCAUCUAAUGGUGGGAAUAAAGGAGCUUGUCAUAAAUGUGGUGGUGAAGGACAUUUUGCAAGGGAGUGUCCUAAUACUGAAACUGCUCCAAGAAGUGGGGCUUGUCAUAAGUGUGGUGAAGAAGGGCACUUUGCUCGGCAAUGUCCAAAAUCUGGUCCACCUGGAGGUGGAGCAUGUAGAAAAUGUAAUGAGGUUGGUCAUUUUGCUCGUGAAUGUCCUCAAAAUCAAAAUGGCACAGAUUCUAGCUCUGGUUUUGGUGCUCCAUCUAGUAGUAGUGGUUUUGGUGCACCAUCAAGUGGUUUCGGUGCACCAUCAGGUGGCUUUGGUGCACCAACAGGUGGCUUCGGUGGUUCUGUAGGAUUUUCUGAUUCAGCUACAGAUAAAGGAUUUGGAGGUUCUGAUUCGAAUAAUGAAAGCCGUGGUGGACGUGGCGGUUUUCGAGGAAGAGGAAGAGGUCGUGGUGGACGUGGUGCAAGUCGUGGACGUGAGUUUGAUAGAAAAAGUGGCAGUAACAAAAGCAGUUCAGUUAAGCCAACCGAAAAACGUGACGGUUCUGGUGCUUACAAUUGGGGCACUCCUGGAGAAGAUAAUGCAGGUGAAGAGCCACAGGCUGUUGUUAGUGCACCCCAAUCAGAUGGUGAAGCACAAGAGCAAGGUGUUGAAUCCAGUGAAGAAAAUAAAGAAAAUACUCCUGAGAUGACCUAUGAAGAAUAUAAAAAGCAACUUGAGGAAAGCCGUUCAAAACCACAAUACAAUCUGAGAAAAGCUAAUGAAGGUGUAAAGGUUCUUAAAGGCAAACCACUUAAGAAGCCAUCUGAUGAAGAGAAUGAGGCAGAUGGGUCAUUGUUUUUUCCCAAGAAGUAUUACGAAGAAAAAUUAAAGACUUCAGGAAGAGUCAAGGAACACAUGAACUUGGAAUUUCAAUUUGCUGUUGGUGAAAAUCGUCAUCUUGAGGAUAGAAGUAGACGAGGACGUGGUGGAAGAGGAGGACGCGGUGGUGGACGUGGCGGAAGAAAAGAAGACGGCGGGUAUGCAUCAAAUUCCAACAUACAAUUAGAAAGCAAGGACGAAUUUCCAUCCUUGGGAUAAAUUUAUCUGGAUUUGAUUCUACUGGAUUACUAUAAACUUAUACCAAUCAACAAAUCACUAAUACAGUUAGCUAGAUCAGUCUAAUGGAAUAAUGUUAUCUCCACUAAAAACUGUAAAAUGUCGUUAUAGUUGCGAUAUAUAAUUAUGCAACUAUUGCACGUAUGUUUGAACUGGUAGCGCAGUACUUCUAAUCGUGAUUGUUCCGUUCUGAUUGUAAAUAAUUCCAUUUUCAUUUACGCAGCUACUUUUCAUAGGUUCUUUUUGAUACAUCUUAUGAAAUGUC